AUGUCAGAGGGAGUCUAUGAAAACUCAGAUGGAUUUGAAGACGACGAGCCUGAUGCAAUGAAGAACACAGACAUUGAUGGCCAAUUGUAUGCCAACGUAAAAGACUUCAAGCCCAGUCCAAGAGAUGGAGUUGUUGCUUCAGUUUUCCCUUUUACUGAUGGAGUCAUUGGUCAUCACGACUCAACAGAGAGAGACCAGCUACAGACCAGUUACAACAACCUGACUAAAGAGAGAGACCAGCUACAGACCAGUUACAACAACCUGACUAAAGAGAGAGACCAGCUACAGAACAGGAUUAUGUUCUAUGAGAAACCUUGUCUAGCUGGAUGGUGGAAGUUUGGCACCAGCUGUUAUUAUCUCUCCUCCACGAUGAACACAGCUGGGGGCGGUCAGAAGGAGUGCAGAACAAUGGGUGGAGAGUUGGUUGUUAUAACCAGCAGAGAAGAACAGAUAUUUAUCAAUGGAUUUAAGAAGAAUGUCGGGAUUGAUGCAUUUAAAAAAGACGGAACUUGGCAGUGGGUUGACAACACAUCAUUUGCAACUACGUAUUGGAUGGAAGGGGAGCCUAAUAACUUGAAUAACAAGGUGGCUUGUGUUGAGAUCUCACAGACAGCAACAGACCCAUUGAAGAGUUAG